UUUCUAUCCAUUGAAAAAUCAACCAUUGUCAUCUAUAUUAACAUUUAACUCCUACUUUAGCUUCAAGCAUACAUUAAACCAAAUGGAAGCCAUCAAAAACUCAACCAAAUUACUAAUCUUCUUUUUUCUAAUCACAUUUUUAGCACUCAAAAUCCAAUCCCAAACUCUUAAUCAAACAAAUUCAACUAAUGACCCUUACAAACUCCUCCACAUUAUUCAUAAUCCCAAUGGAACAAUUACUCGAAUCAAAGAAUUUUAUCCAACUGUUCCACCAAACACAUCCUUAUCUCUUGCUUACUCUAAAGAUGUUUCUCUUAACCCUAAAAAAAAGACAUGGGUUCGAGUCUAUUUACCCAAUAGACCCGAACCCAUUAACCUACCCAUCAUAGUUUACGCCCAUGGUGGUGGGUUCAUCCUCUUAAGUACAGCUACACCUAACUUCGACUCGUUUCUAUCCAACACGGCGAGUCAACUCACCGUGUUAGUAGUCUCGAUCGAGUAUAGACUCGCACCCGAGCACCGCCUCCCAGCCGCGUACGACGACGUUUUGGAGGCGUUGCAUUGGGUGAAAGCGAAAAAAGAUAAUUGGGUAAAAAAAUAUGGAGAUAUAUCCAAGUGUAUUCUUAUGGGGGAAAGUGCAGGAGGAAAUAUUGCUUACACCGUUGGAUUAAGAGCAUCUCAUUUGAUUAAUAAACUAAAACCGUUGGAUAUCCGCGGUUUGGUUUUAAUCCAACCCUUUUUCGGUGGUAUAAACCGAACCCAAUCCGAAAUAAGUCUACCCGAUAGUAGCGGUUUGCCAUUAGCAAUAACCGAUUUAAUGUGGAAUUUGUCAUUACCACUUGGAGCAAAUCGAAACCAUCAAUAUUGCAACCCAAUUAUAAAAAACGGGUCAAAAAAAUUUAAAAUUAUGAAAGAAUUGGGUUGGCGGGUCGCGAUUGCGGGUUGUGAUGGAGAUAGGCUAUUUGACAAGCAAGUAGAAUUGUAUAAAUAUUUAAAGAAACAAAGGGUUAAUGUAAUUGGUAAUUUUAGUAAAGGGGAUUAUCAUGGUGUAUUUGUUACUGAACCGGCGAAAAUUAAAAUGGUUCUUGAAUUUAUUAGAAAUGUAUUUUCUUCUUACUUGAGUUAGAAUAAAUUGUUUUA